AUGGAUGUCAAAAAUGCUUUUUUCCAUGGUGAUCUUAAAAAAGAUAUUUAUAUGAAACCUCCACCUGGUUGUGUUCUUCUUUUGGUGUAUGUAGAUGACAUUAUUAUCACACGAACUGAUUCUUCACUAAUCACUAGCCUCCAGCAGCUUAAAGAUUCUUUUCAUAUGAAAGAUAUUGGUACUCUUACUUAUUUUUUGGGUUUGGAAGUACAAUAUGUUGCUUCAGGUGUGUUUCUAAACCAACACAAAUAUACUCAGAAUCUGAUUUCUUUGGCUGGUAUACAAGAUUCUUCCACUGUAGAUACUCCAUUAGAAUUGAAUGUGAAGUAUCGUCGUGAGGAAGGAUAUCUUCUUCUCGAUCCAACUAUGUUUCGACAAUUAGUUGGGGGUCUAAAUUACCUUACUAUUACUCGGCUUGAUAAACAAGUUAGUCAAUUUAUGCAAGAACCCCGUCAUCUCCACUUGGUGGCUGUUCGUCGCAUCAUUCGUGAUUCGGAUUGGGCGGGAUGUCCUAAUACUUGUCGUUCAGUCUCUAGUUGGUGUAUGUUUCUUGGAGAUUCAUUGAUAUCUUGGAAGAGUAAAAAGCAAGAUCGUGUGUCAACUGCUUGCUACGAGGUUGUAUGGCUUCGUGGAUUACUUGCUGAGAUUGGAUUUCCUCAAUAUCAUGAUACUCCUCUCCACGCUGACAAUAUAAAUGCUAUUCAGAUUACUACUAAUCUAGUUUUUCAUGAGAGGAUCAAACACAUCGAAGUGGAUUGUCAUUAUAUAUGA